AUGGAGAUGAUGCCAAGCCCGAUAAAAGCGGUGCCCUCCACCAUGAGAAUACACCAGGUCAUCACCAUUGCUCCUGGGAGAACACUGUACAGGAUGGUUGCUGUGAGCUUUGGGAUGCUAUGUGUUCCCCAAGUCACUCUCAACAUCUCCCUGAGACUAGUCUAUAUGAACAAGAAGGUCAAGUUUGACAGAGGUGAGAUGGAGGAUAGGAUUGUGGAUAUCUACGUCAGUGCAGACACCCUGAGAGAUGGUGAGACCAGCACCAAGAGAGAAGAGACAGAGGACAUUGUUCCUAAUAAUGGACCAGGAGACCAGCACUCAGAAAAAACAUGUUGUUCUGACAGAUGGAAGAAGUUUGAAUGCAGUUGUUACUUCAUCUCUACUGAGGAGAAAACCUGGGAGAAGAGCAGACAGGACUGUCUGGAGAGAGGAGCAGACCUGGUGAUCAUUAACAGCAAAGAGGAACAGGAGUUUCUCUUCACCUUCAAGAAGAGAGUCUGGAUUGGUCUGACUGACAGAGAGACAGAGAAGACCUGGAAAUGGGUGGAUGGAACACCACUGACCACAAAGUACUGGAAUGACAAGCAGCCUGAUAGUGAAGAUCCUACUGGGGAAGAGGACUGUGUUGAGAUACAUAAAGAUUGGACUCCACUUAAGGCAUGGAAUGACAUGUCAUGUGACGGGAAACUCAACUGGAUUUGUGAGAAAGUGUUUUAACAUCACCAUGACAACAUACUGUAACACAUAUAGCAGUUUAUAUUGUACACAACUUUGUUC